UAACAAACAAUAUUAUGCUCCUACUGGAUCCUGUGAGACAGUACAUCGAGUUCUUUAAACAAACACAAUGGAAAUCAAUACAAUUAGGAACACGUGUUCGACGUGGACCGAAUUGGCACUUGGGGAAUCAAGAUUCAAACAUGGCGGGAACAGUUAUCGGGGAGGAUGAUGAUGGUACGAUUCGCGUAGAAUGGGACAGUGGUCAUAAAAACCGUUACCUUUAUGAUGAAAAUAUGAAAGUCUUUCAUAUCAAACCAGUAAAUGAACCAAGAAGAUUAAUAGAUGAGAUAAUUGGUGUAGGCUGCAAAGUAAAAAGAGGUAAAGACUGGAAACAUGGCAAACAGGAUGGUGGACGAGGUAGCAGAGGAACAGUGUUACGUGUUGUAAAAUACGGUAAAGUUUUGGUUUAUUGGGAAAGAGGUAGACUUGGCAUUUACAAGUUUGGGAGUGAAAAUCUGUUUGAAGUGGAAGUAUGUGAGCAUGGUUGGACUUCAAAUGCACCCGAUACCAUAGAAGAUAAGGCGAAUAACAGACAGGAUGUGAUGCCAGAUUUACCACUUAUCCUGCCUUCUCAUCUAAGUAAAGAUACAACGAGGAAUACCCAAGAAGAAACACAAUGAACAAGCGAUACUUUUUUCUGCGGUGUGCUCAUUUGAAGCUAAAGAUUACCUUGUU